AAACUGUCUGUGUGAUGGGGACAUUUGUGUUUGUAAGCUAAAUCGACUAUACCCCUCGAUGAUCGCGUCUACAAAGUUCGUCAAUAAUUGUCUACUUUCAGUUUUCAGAACAUGGCUACAAAAUCACUUUUGUUUUAUGCGUCAUGGAACAAAUCCACGGAAGUUUUUAACUGCUUGAUAAGUUUUAAAAGCUUGAAGAAGAAAAACAAAGCAGAAACAGAAGUUGAAGUAGAAGCCAGUAUCAUCAAGAUUAAAAUUGGGAAGCAAGAGUACCGUUUAACAUUGGGAAACAUUGUAGUGCAACCAAACACAUGUAGAGGACUUGUUUACAAUGAACAGGAGGAAGAAAUACAGUUCAGCUUAAAAGGUGACUUAUUAAAUCAGAAGACAUCAACUGAUGACUCAAAGUCAUUGAGGCAGCUGUCCAAUCAGAGUCUGACUGUUGACAGCAUUGAGAGGCACCAGAACAAGUGGUUCUGUGGGUUGUGUCGACAGAAAAUCCUGGCCGAUUGCCUGUUCGCACGUGUGCUUCCCCUUCCAUCGGAGAACUGGGCUGACUUCACAGACAUGUGGUUCUGUUGUAACCACGGCUGCAAGGACAACGGUGCCACACAAGCGAGCAAAACUAAGCAGCUGUUGCCAGGGACAAAAGAGUGUUUUGUUGGUGAUACAUAUCUGUUGGUUGCCAGGGGAUACACCAACAAAGGUUUUGUGAAGGUCAAUAAGUCAGGCUCAGUGGUUUGCAGACGUUGUGGCCAACAGUUAGGGGUAGUCAUGGAAACAGAUGUUGGUGCCAACGAGGACGAUGCAGUCCUCAGACUGUUUCUGCACUCCAUUGUCAUCAAAGAUAUAUCCUAUGAAGUGUCUACACAGAUCCCUUUAAGUGAAGAUCUAGAUGGGUUUUUCAGUCGUCUGCUUCACGAGCAGAGUGCCACCUACAGCAGCUACCGCUUCAUCAUCGAAGCCAACCCAGGCACGCCAGACCAGUCUGUGUCCACAUGCCUGGUGUGGCUGUUAGAUGCAAAUGUUGCCAUGUUUACAUCUGAGAAAAAUCCACAACAGAACUUUGAAUUUAGUGUUCAACAGAUGUCUGCCAUAAAAAUACUCUUCAAAUGCCAGUUAUGCAGUAGUCAUUCCAAAAGGCCUGUGGACUAUGUGACCAAGUCUGUGAUAUCACUUUGGCGUAAGGACAACACGGUACACGGCGUGACCUUGCCCCACCCGGUCUUGCUGCAGUUGCUACGGUUACUGGUGCGCAACUGUAAAUUGCUGCCAUGCACACAGAGAUACCUCAACGGCUUUCAUGUAAGCUUUCUGAGGAACCAAGACACAUCCUGACAUUGAAACUCAAUCAGCAUUGUACCGUUCUAUUGACUAUGGUCGACUUGGAGGAUAUCUACUGACAAUGUUUGUUCUGGCUGAUAUCUAGUGACAAUAGUCAACGUACAUGUAGCUUAUAUCUAGUGACAAUAGUUGACUUGGCUGAUAUCAAGUGACAAUCGUUAACUUUGAUGAUAUCUAGUGAAAUUGGCCGAUAUCAAGUGAAAAUCGUUGACUUGGCUGAAAUCUAGUGACAAUAGUUGACGUACAUGUUAUUGUAGCUUAAAUCUAGUGACGAUCGUUGACUUGGCUGAUAUCAACUGACAAUCGUUGACUUGGAUGAUAUCUAGUAAAAAUGCUUGACUUGGCUGACAUCAAGUAAAAAUGGUUGACUUGGCUUAAAUCUAGUGACAAUGUUUAACUUGGCUGAUAUCUAGAGACUAUGGUAUUUGACAUGGUAGAGAAAUGUCAAGAAGCAAAGUCUAUACAUUUUUAUAUUUUCUACAUGGCUUAUUGUUGGUUGAUGACUGUGAAAGUAGAAUAAAUGAAACACAUAUUAAUUGGGCUUAGCUGUUAAAAGGUUUGUCUUAAUGAAAGAAAUGCAAAAUGUCCUAAAUAUGUGGUAAUAUUUUUGUAGCUCAGCUGUGAAUGAUGAGCUCAAUGAUAGCUAUGUGAUCAUUAUAUGUCCCACAUUGUUGUACAUUGUCAUUUUUAGCUCGGCUGUUUUCGGAGAAACCCCGAGGUAUUGUCAUAGCCAGCUUCUCGUUUGGCGUCGUGUUAAAACCUUUACAUUUUGUUAACCUUUUGAACAUUGGCUCUAAAAUCAAAGUGCUUCUACCUACAACUUUGAAACUUUGUAGAUGCACAUUGAUGCGUUCUACAUGCCACACCCAUUUUUGGGUCACUAGGUCAAAGGUCACUGUGAACUAAAAAAACAACAGCAUCUGACAAUUUUUCAUUUAUUCAAAACUGCUCUCACAGCCGAGCGUUGGCACCCGUUAUGCGGUGCUCUUAUUCAGCUGGUGAUCACUCUAGAAGCCACAUUUUGUGUCAAAUCUCAAUGGAACAUGGUCUGGAGGUUUAUCUUGAAAAUAUCUGGACAUAGUUUAAAUGUGGGUCAACUAUGGUCAAAUACUAGGUCGAAUUUUAUGAAAAUAACCUCUGGAGGCCUCAUGAAUGACUCCAUUUUGAUGAAACUUUGUCAGAAUAUUUAUCUUGACUUCUUUGAAUCUGGGUCAUGUGCAUACCAAAGCUAGGCCACCUUUUGAGAUCUAAGACAAAACAUGACAUACCACUAUAGAGGCCACAUUUAUGACCAAAUCUUGAUGCAACUUCGUCAGAAUGUUUAUUUUUGCAAUAUCUAGGCCAAGUUCAACUCUGGAUCAUGCAUGUCCGAAAUCUAGGUCACUAGGUAAUAUCUUUGAGAAAAAACAACAAAUUAUUGCCACUCUUGAGGCCAUAUUAAUGACUAAAGGUCAUAACAUCUUGUUACAUAGGCCACAUUUAUGACUCAAUCUUGAUGAAACUAGUUUAACAAUAUCUAGGUCAAAAUUAAAUCUGCUUGUCCAAGUACUAGGGCACCUGGCCAAAUCUUUGAGAAACAUUUUUACCACUCCAGAAGCCACAUUUAUUACUCAACCUUGAUGAAACUUGGUUGCAAUAUUUUACAAUAUCAAGUGAAAUCUUUAAUAGGGGUCAUGUUUUUCAAAAAAUUGGGUCACCAUGUCAAAUCUUAACAGGAGCACUGCAUAACGAGUGCCACGCUCGGCUGCGAAAGCUUGUCAGAUUUUUUUUUUUUAGAGGUCACAGUGACCUUGACCAUUAACCUAGUGACCCAAAAUGGGUAUGGCAUGUUAAGGUUUUUGUUUAAGUUUUAUAUUAGAGGUCACAGUGACCUUGACCUUUAACCUAGUGACCCAAAAAUGGGUGUGGCAUGUAGGACUCAUCAAUUUGCAACUACAUAUGACGUCGGACGAGCUGGCUAUGACAAUAGCUCGGAUUUUCUCCGAAAACAGCCUCGCUAAAAAUCAAAAGGGGUCAUCUGCGAGUCAUGAUCAAUGUACCUAUGAAGUUUCAUGAUUCUAGGCGUAAGCUUUCUUGUGUUAUCAUCCGGAAACCAUUUUACUGUGUCAAGUCACCGUGACCUUUGACCUAGUGACCUGAAAGUCAAUAUGGGUCAUCUGCGAGUCAUGAUCAAUGUACCUAUGAAGUUUCAUGAUCCUAGGCAUAAGCGUUCUUGAGUUAUCAUCGGGAAACCAUUUUACUAUUUCGGGUCACCACGACCUUCACCUUUGACCUGGUGACCUGAAAAUCAAAAGGGGUCAUCUGCGAGUCAUGAUCAAUGUACCUAUGAAGUUUCAUGAUCCUAGGCGUAAGUGUUCUUGAGUUAUCAUCCGGAAACCAUUUUACUAUUUCGGGUCAUAGUGACCUUGACAUAGUGACCUGAAAAUCAAUAGGGGUCAUCUGCGAGUCAUGGUCACUGUAUCUAUUAAGUUUCAUGAUCCUAGGCGUAAGCGUUCUUGAGUUAUAAUCCGGUAACCAUUUUCUAUUUCAGGUCACCGUGGCCUUGACCUAGUGACCUGAAAAUCAAUAGGGGUCAUCUGUGAGUCAUGAUCAAUGUACCUAUGAAAUUUCAUGAUCCUAGGCAUAAGCGUUCUUGUGUUAUCAUCCCGAAACCAUUUUACUAUUUCGGGUCAUCUUGACCUUUGACCUAGUGACCUAAAAAUCAAUAGGGGUCAUCUGAGAGUCAUGAUCAAUGUACCUAUGAAGUUUCAUGAUCCUAGGCCUAAGCGUUCUUGAGUUAUCAUCCGGAAACCAUCUGGUGGAUAGACCUACGGAACCGACAUGAGCAAAACAAUAUACUGCCUCUCCUUCGAAGGGGGGCAUCAAAAUUACUUUCUUUUAUUUUCAUCAGCAAGAAAUUUUGUAAUUUAAAAAGAAAAUUACUAUUGAGGUGAUCUUGAUGAAACUUACUCAAAAAUGUUUGUCUUUUUAAGAUAAAUGCCUUAGUUGAAUCCGGAUCAAGUGGGUUAAACAACUUUGUCACCAGGUCAAGUCUUCAACAAGUGGUGUACCUGUCACUCAGAUGAGCCAUUCAGGGCCACCAUGACCUUCUUGUUUCAACAGCCAGGGUGUCAAUGGCAAUAAAUGGCACGAUUUGAAAUGUUUGUUGUCUGUUUUUAUGUAGUUAUAUACAUGUACAUUGUGUAUGGAGGAAAUAAACUAUAGAGCAUUC